CGAGGGGCUAGCAGUGGAAAGUUGGGAGGCUCAGUCGCUGGCCUGGUGCUCGGCGGUGGAGGCGGCACCGCAGGCUCGCAGCGUCCCCCGAGGCAUGGACCCAGGGCUCUGCCCGCGCUUGGCUACUCUCAACUCCCUGCACGCGGCCGCCUAGAACCCACCACCUACCCAGCCAGACAAAAGGCGCCGCAUCCCAGCCCAGCCCAGCCCAGCCCAGCUCCUGGAGGCUGCCGGGCUGGUCCUCAUCUCAUUCUCCAUUCCAAACUUUGAGUUACUUUGGAGACUGCAAAAGCCUGAUGAGGCACCAGAGAGGAAGUCCUCUGCCUGCUGCUGAGGAGUGAGCACAGUGCUUAGGAUCUCAGGGCAAAGAGAAAAGCAGCGAGCAAAACAAGAAAAGAAAAAAAAAUGAUUGCCCAGGAAGUGGUCCACACAGUAUUCCUGGUGGCUCUUUUUCAUUCUUCCCUAGCUGGAGAUGGGACCCCGCAGUCGGAGAGCAGGGCUGAGGAGAUUCCGGAGGGGGCGUCCACGCUGGCUUUUGUGUUUGAUGUGACUGGUUCCAUGUAUGAUGAUUUAGUUCAGGUUAUUGAAGGAGCUUCCAAAAUUUUGGAGACGUCUUUGAAAAGACCUAAGAGACCUCUUUACAACUUCGCUCUGGUGCCCUUCCAUGAUCCAGAAAUUGGUCCAGUGACAAUUACCACAGAUCCGAAAAAAUUUCAGUAUGAGCUUAGAGAACUGUAUGUUCAGGGAGGUGGCGACUGUCCAGAAAUGAGCAUUGGGGCUAUAAAGAUUGCUUUGGAGAUUUCUCUUCCUGGUUCCUUCAUCUAUGUUUUUACUGAUGCACGAUCCAAGGAUUAUCGGCUCACCCACGAGGUGCUGCAGCUUAUCCAACAGAAACAAUCCCAAGUGGUAUUUGUGCUCACUGGAGACUGUGAUGACAGAAAUCAUAUUGGAUACAAAGUCUAUGAAGAAAUUGCCUCUACAAGUUCUGGUCAAGUGUUCCAUCUGGACAAAAAGCAAGUGAAUGAGGUGUUGAAGUGGGUGGAAGAAGCUGUGCAGGCCUCCAAGGUUCACCUCUUAUCCACUGAUCAUUUGGAACACGCUGUAAAUACUUGGAAAAUUCCUUUUGAUCCCAGCCUCAAAGAAGUUACUGUGUCUCUGAGUGGCCCGUCUCCUGUGAUUGAAAUUCGUAAUCCUUUUGGGAAGCUGAUAAAAAAGGGAUUUGGCUUGAAUGAGCUGUUAAAUAUCCAUAACUCUGCCAAAGUGGUGAACGUUAAAGAGCCUGAAGCUGGAAUGUGGACAGUGAAGACCUCCAGCAGUGGAAGACAUUCUGUUCGCAUCACUGGUCUCAGCACUAUUGAUUUCCGAGCUGGCUUUUCUCGAAAGCCCACACUGGACUUCAAGAAAACAAUGAGCAGACCCGUGCAAGGAAUACCGACGUAUGUGCUACUGAACACUUCUGGAAUCUCCAGUCCAGCUAGAGUAGACCGUCUUGAACUUCUGAGUAUCUCAGGGGGCUCUCUUAAGACCAUUCCCAUUAAACACUACCCAGAUCGGAAGCCUUAUGGCAUCUGGAAUAUUUCUGACUUCGUUCCACCAGCUGAAGCUUUCUUUCUCAAGGUGACAGGCUAUGACAAAGAUGACUACCUCUUCCAGAGAGUGUCAAGCGUCUCCUUUUCCAGCAUUGUUCCAGAUGCUCCCAAAGUUACAAUGCCCAAGAAAACGCCAGGGUACUACCUGCAGCCGGGCCAAAUCCUCUGUUUGGUUGAGAGCCUUUUGCCCUUUACUUUGAGCUUCCUAAGAAAUGGAAUCGCCCUAGGAGUAGACCAGUAUUUAAGAGAAUCUGCCAGCGUGAGCUGGGAUUUCCCAAAGGUGACGUUGUCUGAUGAGGGCUUCUAUGAGUGUGUCGCUGUGAGCAGUGCAGGGACCGGACGGGCACAGACAUUUUUUGAUGUAUCAGAGCCUCCUCCAAUCAUCCAAGUGCCUAAUAAUGUAACAGUCACUCCUGGAGAAAGAGCAGUUUUACCGUGUCUUGUCAUCAGUGCGGUGGAUUAUAAUCUAACCUGGCAGAGGAGUGGCAGAGAUGUCCGUCUAGCAGACUCAGCAAGAAUCAGGACCUUGGCCAACCUCUCACUGGAACUGAGGAGUGUGAAAAUUGGUGAUGCUGGGGAGUACCGUUGCGUGGUUUCCAGUGAAGGGGGAUCAGCAGCAGCCUCUGUUUUCCUCAUAGUCCAAGAAAAACCCAAAGUCACUGUGAUGCCCAAGAAUCAGUCUUUCACAGGAGGGUCUGAGGUCUCCAUCAUGUGUUCUGCAACAGGGUAUCCAAAACCAAAGAUUGUCUGGACCAUUAAUGAGAUGUUUAUCAUGGGUUCACACAGAUACAGGAUGACCUCAGAAGGUACUUUAUUUAUCAAGAAUGCAGUUCCCAAAGAUGCAGGGACUUACGGUUGCCUGGCAAGCAAUGCAGCUGGAACAGAUAAGCAAAGUUCCACCCUCAGAUACAUAGAAGCCCCAAGGUUGGUGGUAGUUCAAAGUGAGCUCUUGGUGGCCCUUGGGGAUACGACAGUUAUGGAAUGUAAAACCUCUGGGAUUCCCCCACCUCAAGUAAAGUGGUUCAAAGGAGAUCUCGAGUUGAGGUCCUCAACAUUCCUCAGUAUUGACCCUCUUGUGGGACUUUUGAAGAUUCAAGAAACACAGGACCUGGAUGCUGGUGACUAUACCUGUGUGGCCAUCAAUGAUGCUGGAAGAGCCACAGGCAGACUAACUCUGGAUGUAGGCUCACCCCCCGUUUUCAUACAAGAACCUUCUGAUGUGUCCAUGGAAAUUGGCUCCAAUGUGACAUUGCCUUGUUAUGUUCAGGGUUAUCCAGAACCAAAGAUCAAAUGGCGGAGACUGGACAACAUGCCAGUUUUCUCAAGACCCUUUUCAGUUAGUUCCAUCAGCCAGCUGAGAACAGGGUCUCUCUUUAUUUCAAAUUUAUGGGCAAGUGAUAAAGGAACGUACAUCUGUGAAGCCGAAAACCAGUUUGGAAAAAUACAGUCGCAGACAACAGUAACGGUGACAGGACUUGUUGCCCCACUUAUUGGAAUCAGCCCUUCCAUGGCCAGCGUUAUUGAAGGACAGCCGCUAACUCUGCCUUGUACUCUGUUGGCUGGAAACCCCAUUCCAGAGCGGCGGUGGAUGAAGAACUCAGCCAUGUUGGUACAAAAUCCCUACAUAACUGUGCGCAGCGAUGGGAACCUCCAUAUUGAAAGAGUUCGACUUCAGGACGGAGGCGAAUAUACUUGUGUGGCCAGUAAUGUUGCUGGAACCAAUAACAAAACAACCUCUGUGGCCGUGCAUGUUCUGCCAACCAUUCAGCACGGCCAGCAGAUACUGAGCACAAUUGAAGGCGUUCCAGUAACUCUACCAUGUAGAGCGAGUGGGAUUCCCAAGCCAUCUAUCACCUGGUCAAAGAAAGGAGAGCUGAUUUCAAUGGGCAAUGCCAAGUUUUCUGCAGGGGCUGAUGGGAGUCUGUAUGUGGUGUCACCAGGAAGCAAGGAGAGUGGAGAGUAUAUCUGUACAGCCACCAACGCAGCCGGCUAUGCCAAGAGGAAAGUGCAGCUGACUGUCUAUGUAAGACCCAGAGUGUUUGGGGACCAAAGAGGACUGUCCCAAGAUAAGCCUGUGGAGAUCUCUGUCCUGGCUGGGGAGGAGGCAAUCCUGCCCUGUGAAGCUAAGAGCUUACCUCCACCCAUCAUUACCUGGGCCAAAGACAGCCAACUCAUCUCUCCAUUUUCUCCAAGACACACAUUCCUCCCUUCUGGCUCAAUGAAGAUCACAGAGACACGAGUUUCCGACAGUGGCAUGUAUUUGUGUGUUGCCACAAAUAUUGCGGGGAAUGUGACUCAGUCCGUUAAAUUAAGUGUCCAUGUUCCUCCAAAAAUACAGCAUGGAAAUAGACAUAUAAAAGUCCAAGUCGGCCAGAGAGUGGAUAUCCCAUGCAACGCCCACGGAACUCCUCCUCCCAUAAUCACCUGGUUUAAAAAUGAAAGGCCUAUGCUAGUAGAUGGAGCACAGCGUCUUGGUAGCCCAGACGGAACGCUGAGCAUUGAGCAGGCUGCGAUCUCAGAUGCCGGCGUGUAUACCUGUGCUGCCACGAACAUAGCUGGAAGCGAUGAAGCAGAGGUCACAUUGCAUGUCCAAGAACCACCUACGGUGGAAGACCUGCAACCUCCUUUUAACACUCCAUUCCAAGAAAGGUUGGCCAAUCAGCGUAUUGCAUUUCCAUGCCCUGCAAAAGGUACCCCGAAACCAACCAUCAAGUGGUUACACAAUGGUAGAGAGGUGACAGGGCAAGAGCCUGGUGUUUCUAUCUUGGAAGAUGGAGCACUCUUGGUAAUUGCUUCUGUUACGCCACACAACAAUGGUGAGUACAUCUGUGUGGCCAUCAAUGAAGCUGGGACCACAGAAAGGAAAUACAACCUCAAAGUUCACGUUCCGCCAGUAAUUAAAGAUAAAGAACAUGUGACCAAUGUGUCCGUGUUGGCAAGCCAACUGGCCAGCCUCUUCUGUGAAGUAGAAGGAACUCCGUCCCCUGUCAUUAUGUGGUAUAAGGAUGACAUCCAGGUGACAGAAAGCAGCACUGUUCAGAUCGUGAACAAUGGAAAGAUUCUAAAACUCUUUCAGGUGUCUGCAGAGGAUGCAGGAAGAUAUGCUUGCAAAGCAAUUAAUAUUGCAGGCACCUCUCAGAAGGACUUUAGUGUCGAUGUACUAGUUCCACCCAGCAUACUAGGUGCCAGCUCCCCAAGUGAAAUCUCAGUUGUUCUUAACCACAACAUCACCCUGCAGUGUCCUGUCAGAGGCACGCCCUUCCCAGCUAUUCACUGGUUCAAGGAUGGCAAGCCUUUAUUUUUGGGCGAUCCUAACAUUGAACUCUCAGACAGAGGACAGAAUUUGCAUCUGAGAAAUGCACGGAGAAGUGACAAAGGACGCUACCAAUGCACUGUGUCCAAUGCAGCAGGCCAGCAAGCCAAGGAUAUAAAACUCACUGUGUAUGUUCCUCCAAUAAUCGAAGGUGACUUGACCACUCCUUCAAAAAAGCAAGUCGUGAUUGGUCAAUCAUUGAUCUUGGAGUGUAAAGCUGCUGGCAACCCUCCUCCCAUUCUUACUUGGUUAAAAGAUGGCGUGCCUGUGAAAGCCAGUGACAACAUCCACAUAGAAGCUGGUGGGAAGAAACUUGAAAUCUUGAGUGCCCUAGAAAUUGAUCAGGGACAGUACAUAUGUGUGGCUACCAGUGUGGCAGGAGAACGGGAAAUCAAGUAUGAAGUUGAUGUUUUGGUGCCACCAACUGUGGAAGGAGGAGAGGAAACGUCUUACUUCAUUGUGCUGGCAAAUAACUUACUGGAGCUAGACUGUCCGGUCACAGGCUCUCCCCCACCAACUAUCAUGUGGCUAAAAGGUGGUCAGUUAAUUGAUGAGAGAGAUGGAUUCAAGAUCUUACUAAAUGGACGCAAACUGGUUAUUGCCCAGGCUCAAGUGUCAGACACAGGCCUUUACCAGUGUGUGGCAACAAACGUUGCAGGAGACCACAGGAAGGAGUUUGAAGUGACAGUUCACGUUCCUCCAACAAUCAAGUCCUCAGACCUUCCUGAGAAGACUGUGGUGAGAUACAAGCCAGUCACUUUGCAGUGCAUAGCCAACGGCAUUCCAAACCCAUCCAUUACAUGGCUAAAGGAUGACCAGCCUGUGAACACUGCCCAAGGAAACCUCAGAAUACAGUCUUCUGGUAGAGUUCUACAAAUUGCCAAGGCUCUUUUGGAAGAUGCUGGUAGAUACACAUGUGUGGCUACCAAUGCAGCUGGAGAAGCACACCAGCACACUCAAUUGCAUGUGCAUGAACCCCCCACCCUGGAUGAUGCCGGGAAGAUCCGGAAUGAGAGCAUUGUAGUGAAUAACCCCAUUCAGCUGGAGUGUAAAGCCACAGGCAAUCCUGUUCCUGUUAUCACGUGGUACAAAGACAACCAUCCACUCUCUGGCUCCACAAGUGCAACCUUCUUGAAGAGAGGGCAGAUCCUUGAGAUUAGAAAUGCUCAGAUCUCAGAUGCUGGCAUCUACAAAUGUGUAGCCAUCAAUUCUGCUGGAGCUACAGAAUUGUUUUAUAGCCUGCAAGUUCAUGUGCCUCCUUCGAUCUCAGGUAGUAGUUCCAUGGUGGAGGUGGUGGUGAAUAAUCUAGCAAGGUUAGAAUGUGAAGCCAGGGGCAUUCCUGCCCCCAGUCUGACCUGGUUGAAAGAUGGGAGCCCAGUCUCUAGCUUCUCUAAUGGAAUACAGGUUCUCUCGGGGGGUCGCAUCUUGGCACUGACCAGUGCUCAAAUGAGUGACACAGGAAGGUACACCUGCGUAGCAGUGAAUGCUGCUGGGGAGAAGCAAAGGGACAUUGACCUCAGAGUGUACGCCCCACCCAAUAUUAUGGGAGAAGAACAGAAUGUCUCUGUCCUCAUUAGCCAAGCUGUGGAGUUAUUUUGUCAAAGUGAUGCUGUCCCACCACCUACUCUGAUGUGGUUGAAGGAUGGCCGCCCUCUGCUGAAGAGACCGGGUCUCAAGAUCUCUGAAAAUGGAAGUGUGCUUAAGAUUGAAGAUGCUCAGGCCCAAGACACUGGUCGUUACACCUGCGAAGCAACAAAUGUUGCUGGAAAAACAGAGAAAAACUACAAUGUUAACAUCUGGGUACCACCUAGUAUUUAUGGCUCUGAUGAGCUUGUGCAACUAACAGCCAUUGAAGGGAAUCUCAUCACUCUCCUAUGUGAAUCAAGUGGAAUCCCACCGCCAGAUCUUACCUGGAAGAAGAAAGGUUCUCUGGUGUUGGCUGACUCUGCGGGACGUGUUCACAUUUUAUCUGGUGGCAGACGGUUACAAAUUUCAAUCGCUGAGAAAGCAGAUGCAGGACUCUACACAUGUGUGGCAUCCAAUGUGGCUGGAGUUGCAAAGAAAGAGUAUAACCUGCAAGUGUAUAUCCGACCAUCGAUAGCUAACAGUGGUGGCCACCGCCCUGAGAUUACUGUCAUCCGUGGGAAAAGUAUUUCCUUGGAGUGUGAGGUGCAGGGUAUUCCUCAGCCAACGGUGACCUGGAUGAAAGAUGGCCGCCCCUUGACCAAGGGAAAAGGAGUGGAGAUAUUGGAUGAAGGCCGCAUCCUUCAGCUGAAGAAUGUCCACAUGUCUGACACAGGUCGUUAUUUGUGUGUGGCUGUGAAUGUAGCAGGAAUGACUGACAGAAGAUACGACUUAAGUGUUCAUGCCCCUCCGAGCAUCAUAGGGAACCAUGGAGUCUCUGAGAAUGUCAGUGUGGUGGAAAAGAGUUCUGUAUCUCUGGCCUGUGAAGCUUCGGGCAUUCCCCUGCCUUCCAUAACCUGGCUGAAAGAUGGCUGGCCUGUUAGCCUUGGCAACACUGUGAAGAUUCUCUCAGGAGGCAGGAUGCUGCGGUUGAUGCAGACCAGACCAGAAGAUGCUGGCCAAUACACUUGUAUUGUAAGGAAUGUAGCUGGUGAAGACAGGAAAGCGUUUGGACUUUCAGUAUUAGUUCCUCCUCACAUUGUGGGUGAGAACACACUGGAAGAUGUCAAGAUUAAAGAGAAACAGAGUGUUACAUUGACUUGUGAAGUGAAAGGAAAUCCUGUGCCACAGAUCACAUGGCACAAAGACGGACAGCUUCUCCAGGAAGAUGAAGUCCACCACAUGAUGUCUGGUGGCCGUUUUCUUCAGAUCACCAAUGCUCAAGUGUCACACACAGGACGAUAUACAUGUCUGGCCUCUAAUAUGGCUGGUGAUAAAAGCAAAAGCUUCAGUCUCAAUGUGUUUGUAUCUCCUACAAUCGCUGGCGUAGACAGCGAUGGCAACCCUGAAGACGUCAUUGUCAUCCUUAACAGUCCCACUUCCUUAGUCUGUGAGGCAUAUUCCUACCCCCCAGCUGCCAUCACCUGGUUCAAAGACGGCAUACCUUUAGAAUCCAACCGAAACAUUCGCAUUCUUCCAGGAGGCCGUACUCUGCAGAUCCUAAAUGCUCAGGAAGACAAUGCUGGAAGGUACUCAUGUGUGGCCACUAAUGAGGCCGGGGAGAAGAUCAAGCACUAUGAAGUGAAGGUCUACAUUCCACCCAUUAUCAAGAAAGGAGACCUCUUGGGGCCAGGUCUUUCCCCUAAAGAAGUGAAGAUCAGAGUGAAUAGCAGCCUGACAUUGGAAUGUGAAGCUUACGCAAUUCCUUCUGCCUCCCUCCGCUGGUACAAGGACGGACAGCCCCUUAAAUCAGAUGAUCACGUUACCAUCGCGGCAAAUGGACAUACACUUCAGAUAAAGGAAGCUCAAAUCUCAGACACUGGACGAUAUACCUGUGUGGCAUCUAACCUUGCAGGGGAAGAUGAGUUGGAUUUUGAUGUGAAUAUCCAAGUUCCUCCAAGUUUUCAGAAACUCUGGGAAAUAGGAAACAUGUUAGAUACUGGCAGGAGCGGUGAAGCCAAAGACGUGAUCAUCAACAAUCCCAUUUCUCUACAUUGUGAGACAAAUGCUGCUCCUCCACCAACUCUGACAUGGUAUAAAGAUGGCCGACCUCUCACUUCCAGUGACCGAGUAUUGAUUUUGCCAGGAGGACGAGUGCUGCAGAUUCCCCGGGCUAAGGUAGAAGAUGCCGGGAGGUACACAUGUGUGGCUGUGAAUGAAGCUGGGGAAGACUCCCUUCAGUACAACGUCCAUGUGCUCUUGCCACCAGUUAUCAAGGGAGCAAAGAGUGAUCUGCCAGAAGAGGUCAGCGUGCUAGUGAACAAGAGUGCACAGAUGGAAUGUUCAUCCAGCGGUAGCCCAGCACCAAGGAAUUUCUGGCAGAAAGAUGGACAGUCCUUGUUAGAAGAUGAACAUCAUAAGUUCCUUUCUGAUGGCAGGAUUCUUCAGAUUCUAAAUGCUCAAAUAACAGAUACCGGGAGGUAUGUGUGUGUCGCGGAGAACACAGCUGGGAGUGCCAAGAAAUACUUUAACCUCAAUGUUCAUGUUCCCCCAAGUGUCAUUGGUUCUAACCAUGAACAUCUCUCUGUGGUUGUGAACCAUUUCAUCUCUUUGAACUGUGAAGUUUCUGGUUUUCCCCCUCCUGACCUCAGCUGGCUCAAGAAUGAACAGCCUAUCAAGCCAAACACUGAUGUUCUCAUUGUGCCUGGUGGUCGAACUCUACAGAUUAUUCGGGCCAAAGUAUCAGAUGGUGGAGAAUACACCUGCAUUGCUAUCAACCGAGCUGGAGAAAGCAAGAAAAAAGUUUCAUUGACUGUUCAUGUGCCCCCAAGCAUCAAGGAUCAUGGCAGCGAGUCUCUUUCUAUAGUUAAUGUCAGAGAAGGGACCUCAGUGUCAUUAGAAUGCGAGUCAAAUGCGGUGCCCCCUCCAGUCAUCACCUGGUCUAAGAACGGGCGGAUGAUACUGGAUUCUACCAACGUGGAGAUUUUAACUGGUGGACAAAUGCUACACAUCAAGCGAGCUGAGGUGUCUGACACAGGCCAGUAUGUAUGUAGAGCUAUAAAUGUAGCAGGACGGGAUGAUAAAAAUUUCCACCUCAAUGUAUAUGUGCCUCCCACUAUUGAAGGGCCGGAAACAGAAGUAAUUGUGGAGACAAUCAGCAAUCCAGUGACACUGACUUGCGAUGCCACUGGGAUCCCGCCUCCCACCAUAACAUGGUUAAAGAACCACAAACCUAUAGAAAAUUCUGACCACCUUGAUGUUCACAUUUUGUCUGGAGGAAGCAAACUGCAGAUUGCCCGACCUCAACGUUCAAACAGUGGAAACUACACAUGUGUUGCAUCCAAUAUGGAGGGAAAGGCUCAGAAAAACUAUAUCCUUUUCCUCCAGGUCCCUCCAAGUGUUGCCAGUGCUGAAGUGCCAAGUGAAGUCAGUGUCCUCCUUGGAGAAAAUGUUGAGCUGGUCUGCAAUGCAGAUGGCAUUCCCACCCCUCAUCUUCAGUGGCUUAGGGAUGGAAAACCCAUAGUGGAUGGCGAAACAGAACGAGUCCGCGUCACCACAGAUGGGAGCACAUUAAACAUUUACAGAGCCCUCACGUCUGACAUGGGGAAGUAUACAUGUGUGGCUACUAAUCCUGCUGGAGAAGAAGACCGAAUAUUUAACUUGAAUGUCUAUGUUCCACCUAAAAUCCGUAGUAAUAAAGAAGAGGCAGAGAAGCUGAUGGCUCUGGUAGACACAUCAAUAAAUAUUGAAUGCAAAGCCACGGGGACACCUCCACCGCAGAUCAACUGGCUGAAGAACGGCCUUCCUCUGCCCAUCUCUUCCCACAUUCGCUUGCUGUCAGCAGGGCAGGUGGUCAGGAUCGUGAGAGCUCAGGUGUCUGAUGUUGCUGUAUAUACUUGUGUGGCCUCCAAUAGAGCUGGGGUAGACAGUAAGCACUACAGCCUUCAUGUCUUUGUGCCACCGAAUAUGGACAAUGCAAUGGGAACAGAGGAAAUCACAAUUGUCAAAGGCAGUUCUACCUCUAUGACGUGCUUUACAGAUGGAACCCCUACUCCUAGCAUGUCUUGGCUCAGAGAUGGCCAGCCGCUGGCCCUUGAUGCUCAUCUGACCAUCAGCACUCAAGGAAUGGUCCUUCAGCUCAUCAAGGCAGAGGAAGAAGAUACAGGAAAGUACACCUGUGUUGCCUCAAAUGAAGCUGGAGAAGUCAGCAAGCAUUUUGUCCUGAAAGUCCUAGAACCACCUCACAUCAAUGGAUCUGAAGGACCUGGAGAGAUAUCUGUAAUUGUAAAUAACCCACUUGAACUAUCCUGCAUUGCUUCUGGAAUCCCUACUCCUAAGAUUUCCUGGAUGAAAGAUGGCCGACCCUUUCUGCAAACAGAGCAAGUGCAGACUCUAGAUGGAGGAGCUAUUCUUCGAGUGUCCAGUGCACAGGUGGAGGAUACAGGAAGAUACACCUGCCUGGCAUCCAGUCCUGCAGGGGAUGAUGACAGAGAGUAUUUAGUGAGAGUACAUGUUCCUCCUAAUAUUGCUGGAAUGGAUGAAGCCCAGGACUUCACUGUGUUAAGGAACAGACAGGUGACAUUGGAAUGCAAAUCCGAUGCAGUGCCACCACCUGUAAUCAUGUGGCUCAAAAAUGGGGAGCAGUUACAGGCAACACCUCGAGUAAGAAUCCUGUCUGGAGGCAGAUACUUGCAAAUUAAUAAUGCAGACCUGGGAGACACAGCCAGUUAUACCUGUGUUGCCAGCAAUAUUGCGGGAAAGACUACAAGAGAAUUUAACCUCACUGUAAAUGUUCCUCCAAGCAUCAGUGGUGGUCCCCAGAGCCUUGUCAGUCUCUUAAAUAAGUCAAUUGCCCUGGAAUGCCGUGCUGAAGGCGUGCCAGCUCCAAGGAUAACAUGGAGAAAGGAUGGUGUUGUGCUAGCUGAGAGCCAUGCAAGAUACUCCAUCUUGGAAAAUGGAUUCCUUCAUAUUCAGUCAGCACAUGUCACAGACACUGGACGGUAUUUAUGUAUGGCGACCAAUGUGGCUGGAACAGACCGUAGGCGAAUAGAUUUACAAGUCCACGUCCCUCCAUCUAUUGCUCUGGGUCCUACCAAUGUGACAGUAACAGUGAAUGUCCAAACUACUUUGGCUUGUGAAGCUACUGGGAUACCAAAACCAUCAAUCACCUGGAGAAAAAAUGGACAUCUUCUUAAUGUAGAUCAAAAUCAAAAUUCAUACAGGCUCCUCUCCUCAGGUUCACUUGUAAUCAUUUCCCCCUCUGUGGAUGACACUGCCAGUUACGAGUGCACUGUGACGAGUGAUGCUGGAGAGGACAAGAGAACAGUGGACCUCACUGUCCAAGUUCCUCCCACCAUAGCUGAUGAGCCUAUGGAUCUCCUGGUAACCAGACAGACCCCAGCAGUCAUGACCUGUUCUGCUUCUGGAGUUCCAGUUCCCUCAAUUCACUGGACCAAGAAUGGCAUAAGACUGCUUCCCAGAGGAGACGGCUAUCGGAUGCUGUCCUCAGGAGCAAUUGAGAUAUCUGCUACCCAAUUAAACCAUGCAGGAAGAUACACUUGUAUUGCUCGGAAUGCAGCAGGCUCGGCACACCGGCAUGUAACCCUUCGUGUUCAAGAGCCUCCAGUCAUUCAGCCCCAGCCAAGUGAACUGGAUGUCAUUCUAAACAACCCCAUCUUACUUCCAUGUGAAGCAACAGGAAUACCCACUCCAUUCAUAACUUGGCAAAAAGAAGGCAUCAACGUCAUUACCUCAGGCAAGACCCUUGCCGUCCUUCCUGGGGGCAGCUUACAGAUCUCCAGAGCUGUCCGCAGAGAUGCAGGCACUUACAUGUGUGUGGCUCAGAACCCAGCUGGCACAGCCUUGGGCAAGAUCAAGCUGAAUGUACAAGUUCCUCCCGUCAUUAGUUCUCAUCAAAAGGAAUAUGUUGUUACAAUGGAUAAACCUGUCUCUCUACUGUGUGAGACAGAGGGCUCUCCACCACCUGACAUUACCUGGCAUAAAGAUGGGCGUGCACUUACCGAAUCCAUCCGCCAGCGCAUCCUGAACUCAGGCGCUCUGCAGAUAGCAUUUGCUCAGCCUGAUGAUGCUGGUCAAUAUACAUGCAUGGCUGCUAAUAUGGCAGGAUCAAGCAGCAUGAGCACCACACUCACAGUCCAUGUCCCACCUAGGAUCCAAAGCACAGAAGUACACUACACCAUCAAUGAGAACUCCCAAGCUCUUCUCCCAUGCGUUGCUGAUGGAAUCCCCAUGCCUGCAAUUCAUUGGGAAAAAGACAGUGUUCUUAUAGCCAACUUGUCAGGGAAAUACACUGCCCAGCCAUAUGGAGAACUCAUCUUGGAAAAUGUUGUGCUGGAAGAUUCUGGCACCUACACAUGUGUCGCUAACAAUGCUGCUGGUGAAGAUACACAUACUGUGACCCUGACUGUUCAUGCCCUUCCCACUUUCACGGAACUUCCUGGAGACCUGUCAUUAAAUAAAGGAGAACAGCUACGGUUACGUUGUAAAGCCAUUGGCAUCCCAUUGCCCAAACUAACAUGGACCUUCAACAACAAUAUAAUUCCAGCCCACUUUGACAGCGUCAAUGGACACAGUGAACUUGUUAUUGAGAAGGUGUCAAAAGAGGACUCAGGCACUUACGUGUGUACAGCGGAGAACAGUGUUGGCUUUGUGAAAGCGAUUGGGUUUGUUUAUGUAAAAGAGCCCCCAGUCUUCAAAGGUGAUUACCCUUCUAACUGGAUUGAACCACUCGGCGGUAACGCAAUCCUAAACUGCGAGGUAAAAGGAGACCCUGCCCCAACCAUCCAAUGGAGCCGCAAGGGGGUUGACAUAGAGAUUAGCCACAGAAUCCGACAACUGGGUAAUGGCUCUUUGGCCAUCUACGGUACUGUGAAUGAAGAUGCUGGUGACUAUACAUGCGUGGCUGCCAAUGAGGCUGGAGUGGUGGAGCGCAGCAUGAGCCUGACUCUGCAAAGUUCUCCUGUUAUCACUCUUGAGCCAGUGGAAACUGUUGUGGAUGCUGGUGGCAGAGUCAUACUGGAUUGCCAAGCCACUGGUGAACCACAGCCAAGCAUCACAUGGUCCCGCCAAGGGCACCCCAUCCCCUGGGAUAACCGACUUACCAUGCUGCCUAACAGCUCAUUAUACAUCGCUGCUGCUCACAAGGAAGAUACCUCUGAAUAUGAGUGUGUUGCCCGAAACUUGAUGGGCUCUGUCCUGGUCAGAGUGCCUGUCAUAGUCCAGGUGCAUGGUGGGUUUUCAUUGUGGUCUGUCUGGAGGCCCUGCAGUGUCACCUGUGGAAAAGGCAUCCAAAAGAGGAACCGGCUGUGCGACAACCCACCCCCAGCCAAUGGAGGGAGGCCAUGCCAAGGGUCAGAUUCAGAAGUGCGCCACUGUCAAAAUAAGUUGUGUCCAGUGGAUGGUCACUGGUCUGAAUGGAGUUUCUGGGAAGAAUGCUCAAGAAGCUGUGGGCAUGGCAACCAAACUAGGACGAGAACUUGCAACAACCCAGCAGCUCAGCAUGGUGGGCAACCAUGUGAGGGGCAAGCUGUGGAAACCAUCAUGUGUAACAUCAGGCCUUGCCCAGUCCAUGGUGUGUGGAAUGCUUGGCAGCCUUGGGGUAUGUGCAGCAAAAGCUGUGGAAAAGGCAGUCAGACCAGAACAAGACUUUGCAACAACCCGCCACCAUCAUUUGGUGGAGCCUACUGCAGUGGAGCAGAGACGCAGAUGCAAGUCUGCAACGAGAGACACUGUCCAGUGGAUGGCAGGUGGGCGAUGUGGAGCAGUUGGAGUGCCUGUACUGUAUCCUGUGGAGGAGGGGCCAGGAAGAGAACAAGGGACUGUUCUGACCCAGUGCCACAGUAUGGAGGAAACAAAUGUGAAGGGACUGGUGUCCAGAGUGACUUCUGCAAUAGUGACCCUUGUCCAACCCAUGGUAACUGGAGCCCUUGGAGCGGCUGGGGGACAUGCAGCCGGACGUGCAAUGGAGGGCAGAUGAGGCGGUACCGCACGUGUGAUAAUCCACGUCCCUCCAACGGAGGAAGAGCCUGUGGAGGUCCAGAUACACAGAUCCAGAGGUGCAACACUGACAUGUGUCCUGUGGAUGGAAGUUGGGGAACAUGGCACAGCUGGAGCCAUUGUUCUGUCUCUUGUGGAGGAGGUGAAAGGACUCGAAAGCGGCUAUGUGACAACCCAGUGCCAUCUAAAAGUGGCCGUUCCUGUCCAGGAGAUGCCACCCAGGUUUCCAGAUGCAACAUGCAAGCAUGUCCAGGUGGACCCCAGCGAGCCAGAGGAAGUGUUAUUGGGAAUAUUAAUGAUAUUGAGUUUGGAAUCGCUUUCCUUAAUGCCACAAUAACAGAUAGCCCUAACUCUGAUGCAAGGAUAAUACAGGCCAAAAUUACCAAUGUGCCUCGAAGUCUUGGUCCAGCAAUGAGAAAGAUCGCUUCUAUCCUAAAUCCCAUUUACUGGACCACAGCGAAGGAAAUAGGGGAAGCAGCCAAUGGCUUUACCCUUACUAAUGCAGUCUUCAAAAGAGAAACACAAGUGGAAUUUGCAACUGGAGAGGUCUUGCGGAUGACACACGUGGCUAGGGGCUUAGAUUCUGACGGCGCCUUGCUGCUUGAUGUCAUCGUGAGUGGCCAUGUCCUGCAGCUCCACUCGCCUGCUGAAGUCAGUGUGAAGGAUUAUACAGAGGACUACAUUCAGACAGGACCUGGACAGCUCUAUGCCUACUCAACCCGACUGUUCACCAUCGAUGGCAUCAGUGUCCCUUAUACGUGGAACCACACCAUUUUCUAUGAUCAGGCUUGGGGGAAAAUGCCUUUCUUAGUAGAGACACUUCAUGCAUCUUCCAUAGAGUCUGACUACAACCAACUAGAAGAGACACUGGGUUUUAAAAUCCACGCUUCAAUUUCCAAAGGAGAUCGCAGUAACCAGUGUCCCUCUGGGUUCAUCUUAGACUCUGUUGGACCCUUUUGUGCUGAUGAAGAUGAAUGCUCAGCUGGGAACCCCUGCUCCCAUACCUGCCACAAUGCCAUAGGAGCCUAUUAUUGCUCCUGCCCCAAAGGCCUCACCAUAGCUGCUGAUGGGCGAACCUGUCAAGACAUUGAUGAGUGUGCUUUGGGUGGACAUACUUGUCAUGCUGGUCAGGACUGCGACAACACCAUUGGAUCCUAUCGAUGUGUGGUCCAUUGCGGAACAGGCUUCCGAAGAACCUUUGAUGGGUUGAGCUGUCAAGAUAUUAAUGAAUGUCAGGAGUCCAGCCCCUGUCACCAGCGGUGUUUCAAUGUCAUAGGCAGUUUCCACUGUGGAUGUGAAGCUGGCUAUCAACUCAAAGGCAGAAAAUGCAUCGACGUGAAUGAAUGUAGACAGAAUGUGUGCAGACCAGACCAGCACUGUAAGAAUAUCCGUGGUGGCUACAAGUGCAUUGAUCUUUGUCCGAGUGGAAUGACCAAGGCUGAAAAUGGGACCUGCAUUGACAUCGAUGAGUGCAGAGAUGGGACCCAUCAGUGCAGAUAUAACCAAAUCUGUGAGAACACGAGAGGCAGCUACCGGUGUGCAUGCCCAAGAGGUUAUCGGUCCCAAGGCAUUGGAAGACCCUGUAUUGACAUUAAUGAAUGUGAGCAAGUACCUAAACCUUGUGCACAUCAGUGCUCCAACAGCCCCGGCAGCUUCCAGUGUAUCUGUCUGCCAGGACAACAUUUAUUAGGGGAUGGUAAAUCUUGCGCUGGAUUGGAGAGGCUGUCGAAUUAUGGCACCCAGUACAGUAGCUAUAACCUUGAGCGGUUCUCCCCUGUGAGAAGCGACUAUCAACCUCCGCAGCAUUACAGACAAUACUCACAGCUCUACAGCUCCUACUCAGAGUAUAGGAACAGCAGAGCAUCUUCCUCCAGGAAUAGAAGGACUAUUAGGAAAACUUGCCCCGAAGGCUCUGAGGCAAACCAUGACACAUGUGUAGAUAUUGAUGAAUGUCAAAACAGAGAUACUUGCCAACAUGAGUGUAAAAACACGAUCGGAAGUUACCAGUGCAUCUGCCCACCAGGUUAUCGACUCAUGCUCAAUGGGAAAACAUGCCAAGAUGUAGAUGAGUGCCUGGAGCAGAAUGUACGCUGUGGACCAAAUCGCAUGUGUUUCAACAUGAGAGGGAGCUAUCAGUGCAUCGACACACCCUGCCCACCCAACUACCAACGGGAUCCUGUUUUGGGGUUCUGCCUUAAGAACUGUCCACCCAAUGACUUGGAAUGUACCUUGAGCCCAUAUGCCUUGGAAUAUAAACUUGUCUCCCUCCCAUUUGGAAUAGCUGCCAAUCAAGAUUUAAUCCGGCUGGUUGCAUACACACAGGAUAGCGUGAUGCAUCCCAGGACAACUUUCCUCCUAGUAGAUGAGGAACCAGCUGUUCCUUUUGCCUUAAGGGAUGAAAACCUGAAAGGAGUGGUAUACACUACACGUCCACUACGAGAGGCAGAGACCUACCGCAUGAAGGUGCGAGCUUUAUCCUACAGUGCCAAUGGGACCAUUGAGUAUCAGACUACAUUCAUAGUUUAUAUAGCUGUGUCUGCCUAUCCAUACUAGGAAGUACUCCAGAACCGAGUCCAAAUAUCUUAAGUGCAUUGAUCAAGCAAUCAAGGACCUCUACAGUUUACUAUCUCUUGAAAAGUUGCAAUCUUAGCAACUUGAAAAUGGUGCUGUACUCUGUUGUGUAUGUGUUCCUUGGUACUGCUGAAGUAUCUAUAUGAUCCAACUAUGGUCAUGGAUCUUUUAGUAAGUACUAGAAGAGUCCUUUGUUAUUUUCUUUAUUUAUUACACUGGAGCAGUUACUUCCCAAGGAUUAUUCUGAUCAGCUCACAGGACAUGUCAAUGACGUCGUAUAGUAGCAUAGUAGCUAAGAUCAUUUUCUUGGAAACAAUAUAAAACAUAACAAAACAAACUAGUUCACAAACUUUUUGAACAUUCUGGCUUAAAGUAGUAAAAAACAGUUACUAUGUGUUUUGAUAAAAGCCUAUGCCAUAGUAAUACAAUUUUUGAAAUAUGAGCAUAACACUUGUACAUCUUUCAUUUUAAGAUUAAAAAAAGAAACACCACUUUUCUGAAAUAUACUGCAGAUAUAACAAAGUUUGUUUGAUCCUAAAUGGGUCUUGCCUUUAUUAAAUACUCAAGAUACAUUCCCUGAGGUUCUGAGCCUUAUACUAUGGUAAUCAGAAAGUUACUUUCCCUUUAGAUAAUUGCCCAUGGCCUGGGGCUUUGACAUAACCAUUUAUUCACUCAACUCCUUAACUUUUACAUUCCAUGUUUUUCUGUCAAAUAAAAUUAUUUUAAGACAUAGCAAUAGAUCAGAUUUCUUGAUUAUUGUAGUCAUGUAUGUUCAAGUUAAUGUGUUAAACGUCAAUACACUGUACAUGGUGGUGACAAACUCUGUAAGCAAUUGUCAAGAUGUAUUCUAUUUUUAUGAAGUGUAUAUAUUACCUUCGUAUGUAUUUUCUAUAUAAUAUCUUGAUGGACUCUUUUAUAAAAUUAUUUUAUAAAAAAUAUUACAGUGAAAUAAACCUAAAUAAAAUUUUCACCUUUUUCUUAAGAACCUAAAA